CUACACGUCAUCCUGUGGGAGGGGGUCUCGCUGGCAUGGUGGGGUGUGGGCCGGCAUCAAGGCCAAGGAAACAGGCCAAACAAAAAUGGCAGCCAGAGGGAAGGAGAUUAGAUGUCAGGAAAAACUUCCUGACUCGGAGGGAUAUGAGUUGUAGUAUGGAGGUACAAAGGGCUUUGGAGCGGCUGCACAUGACAAUUUUCUCCCAGAGUGUUUCCCCCUGUGGCAAGUUCUUAGCAGCAGGAAACAACUACGGGCAGAUUGCCAUCUUCAGUUUAUCAGCUGCUUUGAGCUCAGAGGCCAAAGAGGAAAGUAAGAAGCCAUUGGUGACCUUUGUAGCCCAUGAUGGACCUGUGUACAGCCUGGUCUCAACAGACCGACAUUUGCUCAGUGCAGGGGAUGGUGAAGUGAAGGCCUGGCUUUGGGGAGAGAUCAUAAAGAAGGGCUGUAAAGAAGUAUGGAGUCGCCACCCCCCAUACAGGCUGACCCCAUUUGCCCUUCCAAACAGGAGCAGCCUAGAAGUUCCUGAAAUCAAUGCUUUGCUGCUUAACCCUAAGGAGAAUUCCCUCCUCUUGGCAGGAGGUGAUUGCCAACUUCAUACUAUGGAUCUGGAGACAGGGUCAUUCACACGUGCACUUCGAGGUCACACUGAUUACAUUCAUUGUCUGGCUCUUCGGGAAAGAAGUCCUGAAGUGCUGUCUGGGGGUGAAGAUGGCACUGUUCGUCUUUGGGAUCUUCGUACAGGUGAGGAAGUUCAGACCAUUGAAGUUUACAGACAUGAGGAGUGUGCCAGACCCCAGAAUGGGAAAUGGAUUGGAUGUUUAGCAACUGACUCAGACUGGAUGGUAUGUGGAGGAGGCCCUGCUCUUACCCUUUGGCACCUUCGGUCUGCCACACCCACAACAGUGUUUCCACUUAGGGCUCCACAGAAACAUGUAACCUUUUAUCAAGACCUGAUCCUUUCAGCAGGACAGGGACCCUGUGUGAACCAGUGGCAGCUGAGUGGGGAGCUAAAAGCCCAGGUACCUGGCUCCUCACCCAGCCUACUUAGUCUUAGCCUCAACCAGCAGCCUGCUGCACCAGAGUGCAAGGUUCUGACAGCUGCAGGAAAUAGCUGUAGGGUUGAUGUCUUCACUAACCUUGGAUACCGAGCUUUCUCCCUCUCCUUCUCUUGACCCUCUUCUCCAGAAUUACCCUUCCCCACUUGUUAGAUUCUACUUUGUUAAUAAAAAAAAAAUGGAAGCCA